CCCCGUCGUUGACGCCUGGUCGACGUACCCUAAGCUCGAAAAUCGUCACGGGGACACAAAUCAUUUCAUUGUACUUCGUCCUCCGUGUUUGCCCGAAGUGCUCUUACUCACAUUCAGAACCGAUUUGGCGUGCGACUGGACAUCAUCAAGAUUUUGCACUCCCAUCAAAAAUUGUCUUCCUAUCAAUUAGUAAAAUAAAAAAAACAAAUUAAAAAUCUAUUUUUAAAUUUCCCAAUAAUGAUAACAUAUAUAUCAAAAAAGUAGUUCACUGCUAGUUAUUUAAGUGUGCAACAAGUUCAACUGUGUCAUAUGUACUCAAGUGUGUGAAUUUAAAAAAAAAAAAAAAAAAAAAAAAUUGUGAUAACCAAAAAUAGUGUUAAAAAUGACAAGUUCAACUUAUUACAGUUCAUCGGUGACAAACAGUGAGAGUGCAUAUUGGCCAUAUCAAUUUAAUUAUAAAAAUUACGAUAAUUACUAUUAUCCAACAGAUUAUCAAAAUCAACAACAAUCACAAACAAUGAGAGCAUCACCGGAAAAUUCACCACCCACAUCAAGUUUACUUGAAACAUUAUUGCGACAUGGUAAAGAUGCUGUUUCACAAAAUUAUAAUACAAAAUCAAAAGAUCGUGGAUCAAAAUCACAAAUUGUUUGUCAAACAUCACCCUAUACACCAACAUCAAGUUCCGAUAGAACAUCACCGCAAACUGGUCAUAUUGGUGAGAUAACAGUGUCACAAAAUCAAUAUCAAAAUUAUCCAUCAUAUCAGGAUUAUCAUCAAAAUCGUGAUAAUUCAACAUUUGAAUCUGGUUAUAAUUAUGGGAAUAAUAAUAAUGAUAAUGGUAAAAUGAGUCCUGAGAUGAGUGAUUACGGUGAUGAAUCAAGACAGGAGUAUCAGUGGAUGAAGUCUUGUACAACAAAUGGAGAAUUGACCAUUGCCGGUAAUAAGCGAACAAGACAAACUUACACGCGAUAUCAAACAUUGGAAUUGGAAAAGGAAUUUCAUUUUAAUCGCUAUUUAACAAGAAAAAGACGAGUUGAAAUAGCUCAAACACUCUGUUUAUCCGAGAGGCAAAUAAAAAUUUGGUUUCAAAAUCGUCGUAUGAAGGCAAAAAAAGAUGGAAAAUUGGGUUGUCCCUCCUCUGAAUCGGGUACUGAUGAUAUAAUUUCAAAUCAAUCCGAUCCCUUAUCAAUGACAUCAACAAUUACUUCUCUACAUCCAAAUGCACAAUUGCAUCAAAAUGAAAUUGGAUUACAUUCAACUGGUCCAGCUUUACAUCAAAAUUCAGUAAUUUCAAUGCAAGAUCAUCCUCCAGCUUCUUCAUCUGGUAAUCAUCGAACAUUGUUACAUCAAAAUGAAACAAUUUUGCAACAAAAUGGAACAAUGAUGCAUCAAAAUGGAACAAUGGUACAUCAAACAUCCUUACAUCAGAAUACUGUUUCUUCACUGCAGCAUCCAAGCGAAGAAACGCUACAACAAAAUCGUCAUCAAACAUCUUUACAUCAAAGUGUAACUUCUCAGCAUUCAUUACAUCAAAAUAAAUCAUUGCAGAACAAUGAAAUUGCUACACAAAACGAUGUGAAUUUAAUGCAACGGAUUCCACUUCACAAUGCUUAUUUAAAUUAUCAUUAUCAACAUCAUCAUCAUGCUCAUCAUCAUCAUCAUCAUCAUCAUCAACAACAACAGCAUCAGAAUUACAUGGUUCAAGAUUACGUUCAUCAGGGUUAUGGUCAGCCAUCGAAGUUGGAACUUCAUAUUGACUCGUGAAAACAAGAAUGCAAAGCGGCCCUCUAGCAUUGAGCGAGCAGCUGACCCUGCAACACGCAGUCAUGAUUUAUGGCUAAACGAGCUAAACAGUUUCGAGUAUCAUCCCACGCCAGGGUUUUCGAUGCUUCACGCUGCAUUUUACCCAGGACACAUAUCCUAUAUAUAUAUAUAUACCCUUCUUCUCUAUCUUUGCUAAACUCCAAAGAGGCCAAGAUUAUUGCACACGUCACUCUGAAAAAUAUUUUGACAUAAAUAUAUUUUUCUCAAAUAAAAACACAAGUCACAAUACAAAUUCUUUUGACGAAUUUGCAACGCGGAAAAGUCGAUUUUUACAACAAAAAAAAAAAAAAAAACAAUUAUCGAAAUUUUUUUUUAAAUUUUCUUCUUUAAACAAAAGUUUUUUUUUUGAAUUAAAUAAUUAUUAUUCAAUUCAAAUAUGGAAAAAAAUCUUUAUUCUAAAACAGCAAUAUAUUUCUCUGGAAUAGUGAAAACUUUCGUUGUUUUAGUGAAACAUAUCGCUCUGGCCAGUGAAACUUAUAUCUCUGUUCUAGGUGAUGAUUUUUUUUCCGUAAUAUUUUGUUUCAAAAUACAGAAAUUGUUGGUAUACAAAUACAGUUUAUUUAAUUCAAUUAAAAAUUAUUUGGCUUAAGUAAAUAUUUUAAU